UUGGGGAUGCUGAGCUGUGGGGGCCAGGCCCAGGGUGGGAUGGGAGUAAGGGAGGCAGUGGCAGCUGUCUGGGCAUGAACAGGGCAGGGUGCUUAUGGAUCUUGCAGUCAGACCAGCAGUGAUGAACAGAGGGGACAACUGCACCCCCCAUGGUGACGAUGCCAAUCUACUAGCGCCUGGUAUCCCCUCUAUAACCCAGGCCUGGGGGCUGUGGGCCCUCUUUGGGGCCAUGACGCUGCUGCUUCUCAUCUCAGUGGCUGCGCGCUUGUCUCAGAGGGCCACUGGCAAGAGCAAGAGCCAACCCGAGCCGGGACGCCCCGGAGGGAGUGCGGAAGAGACUCCCCUCUAUGGGAAUCUGCAUUAUCUACAGACAGGAUGCCUGUCUCAAGAGCCAAGAGCAGACCAGCAGGAUCCAGCUCCUGGAAGCUCCACCAGGGCUGCAGAAGAGGUGAUGUGCUACACCAGCCUGCAGCUGCGGCCUCCUCAGGCUCGGCUCUGCAGCUCUGGGACCCCCAUCAAGUACUCGGAGGUGGUGCUAGACUCUGAACCGAAGCCCCAGGCUGCAAACCCUGAGCCAGAGCUCUAUGCCUCAGUGUGUGCCCAGACUCGCAGGGCCAGGGCUUCCUUCCCAGACCAGGCCUACGCCAACAGCCAGCCUGCACCCAGCUGAGACCAGCCUGCCUCUGUGGACACAUGUGGCUUGCUUCCGCAUCACAGAAGCCCCUGCUGCCCUGCCUGGGGCAUGCCUGUGCUCCAAUUACCCCCAGGACAUGGAGUCAUUGCCUAGUAGCAGGUGGUGUCUUCUGGGAACUUCCUAUCUGAGCUUCAAUGGACACAUCUCAGGGUAGGACUGAUGCCUGGUUUCCUGACAUGGAGGCGGCAGACAGUGGCCCCCUCCCCACAUCUCUUUUCUGGGUGUUCCCUUCAGCCCGUUCUCUUCACUUCCUCCUCAUUUUUAACCAGUUUAACCAGCCUGGCUCUUCUCUCCUCCCUCCCAACCUACCAGGACACCUCAGUGUCUCUUCAGGCACAGGAAGUGGGCAGGAGAGGAGGUAAAAGCCUGAGAGGAUGUGGGUAGAAUGCUUGGAAACCCACAGGCUGGAAGAGUCCUGGGACCUAUGGACUAGAGAGGGAUGAAUCCCAAAGCUUGGCUUCUGAUCCGAGAACUGUGGCAGAGUGCACUCUCCAGGUGGCUGUCUUUGAUGUUCUGAUUUCAAAUAAAAC